GUCGAGAGUUAGAAAUGAGAAUCGAGAGUCCUGGGUCCUGGAAAGCUUUGAUAAGCAAAUACAGCCGUGCGCUCGCACCCUCUCUAUUGGCUGUUCCUUCGCCGCCAGAUUUUGACACAAAUAAUCAGAUUGAAAAUCAGGGAGGGGAACAGAAGAGGAAAAAAAAAACACACACACACGCACAGAGAGAGAGAGAGGAAAAAAAAAAAGGAGAAGUAUCUAUUUGUGCACAGAGUCACGAAGUUGACAGAGUGAGGCCGAUCCCCAGAGAGAGACUUCCAGGUUCCCACCGCAGGACCGGGACCAGCAGAUCUCGGGAACAGGUGUGGAGCUCACGCUGAAGAUGCCACGCUCCUUCCUGGUGAAGAGCAAGAAGGCUCACACCUACCACCAGCCCCGUGUGCAGGAGGAUGAGCCUGUCUGGCCUCCUGCCCUUAGCCCCGUGGCCAGGGACCAGGUCCUGAGCAAUGACCCUGUCCUCAGCACCCUGUUCCCAAACCAGUGCCUGGACUGGACCAGCCUCAAACGGGAGCCGGGGCUGGAGCUGGACCCAAGCCUGACCAGGAGCGUCUCUGCGCCAGAGGGCCCCACCGUGCUGUCUCGACCCCAGGACGGGGACUUGCCACCCUCCGACUCACCCCCGUUCUACAAGCCCAGCUUCUCCUGGGACGCCCUGGCCUCGUCCUACGGCCACAGCUACCGGCAGGCCCCCUCCACCAUAGAGUCCGCCUUCCUGGAGCGCUCCGUCAGCCUGUAUGGCAGCCCCCUGGUGCCCAGCACUGAACCGCCCCUGGACUUCAGCCUCCGCUACUCCCCGGGCAUGGACGCGUACCACUGCCUCAAGUGCCACAAGGUGUUCUCCACCCCACACGGGCUCGAGGUGCACGUCCGCCGCUCCCACAGCGGGACCCGGCCCUUCGCCUGCGACAUCUGCGGCAAAACUUUUGGCCACGCCGUGAGCCUGGAGCAGCACACGCACGUUCACUCCCAGGGGAUCCUGGCCGGGUCCAGUCCUGCGCCCAGCUUGGCAGUCCCGGGUCGCGAGGCCCCGCCUGCGCCUGACCCCCCGGGGCCGCGUUUCCUCCGGCAGGAGCGCAGCUUCGAGUGCCGGAUGUGCGGCAAAGCCUUCAAGCGCUCGUCCACGCUGUCCACCCACCUGCUCAUCCACUCGGACACGCGGCCCUACCCCUGCCAGUUCUGCGGCAAGCGCUUCCACCAGAAGUCAGACAUGAAGAAGCACACCUACAUCCACACCGGUGAGAAGCCACACAAGUGCCAGGUGUGCGGGAAGGCCUUCAGCCAGAGCUCUAACCUCAUCACCCACAGCCGGAAGCACACGGGCUUCAAGCCAUUCAGCUGUGAGCUGUGCGCCAAGGGCUUCCAGCGCAAGGUGGACCUGCGGCGGCACCGCGAGAGCCAGCACAACCUCAAGUGAGGCUGUGCCUGCUCCCGGCUUCUGGCCAACGUGCCCUGAGAUCCCAUCACCCGGAGGGAGGCCAGCCUCAGGCACCCAGAACCCCAGUCUCCUGGAGGCAGCACUGGACGAGAGUCUUCGAGCUUGUUUUGAGACUCAUGAAAUUGCUGUGUGACCUUGAGCAAAUUGCUUUCCCUCUCUGGACCAACAUUUCUCCUGCUGCAAAGUGUGGGAGCUGGGUUGGGUCUUUUUGGAGCUGACGUUAUCUACAGGUCUGAGAGCUCCGUGCCUUACCCAGGGCAGAGCCCAGAAGGCCAGAGUAGCCCCAGGUGGACAUUGAUGCCAAGAAUAGACCAGAGAUGGGACCCACAGACAUCCUCACCCUGCCUGCUGCCCACCAUGCUGGGAUCUGGUCAUCUUGGUUUUAGUGGCCCUCUUUCAGGCUGCCCAGGAUGCUCAGAGCUGCUUCCUGCCCCAGUGGGAGGCCUAGCACCCCUCUGCCUCAGCCAGACGUGCUGCCUGCCCCACUCUGCUGACUGGCACUCAGCUGGCCCCGGGCAUUCCAGUCCUGUUGUCAGACUGUGGGGCUGGAGAAACCAGAAGUUACUGCUGUCGAAAGCCUGUUCCCCUCAACUGCUGUACAUAAAAAUAAACACAGAUUUCUUUA